GUAAGACUAUUAUUUCCAUAUUGUUUCCAGAAAAAUAGUAAAAUUCUAUUGAGACUUUUUUUUCUAAUCCUUGUGAGGGUUCAGUUCUAGCCUAAGGUGCUUCUCGACUGUGAAUCCAUUGAUCCUGCCGAUCUUAAGUCUGCUCAGUGCAUCCCUCCUGCAGAAAGAGGACCAGCGGGCACCCCCAUAGGCACUCGCACCUGUGGGAACCAAUGGGCGUUGUAACAGGAAAUCACUUCAGCUUGCCUGUUCCGAUAGAUAGUAACGAGCAGCACCCAGGUCACGCUGCUUCAGUUUGCAGUUCCUUACUGGGAUUACACAAGGUUUCUUGAAGAUGUUUUAUGAUAAUAGAAGCCUAAGAGAGAAGCAACUUUGAAUUUGAACAUGACUGUGUGAACAAUUGUUCGCCUUUUCUUCCUGACCAAGGAGUUGGUGAGUCGUCUUCCUUUCAGUAAAUGUCCUUCCUGUCUUCCCAAUGUUCCAUCUCCUGAAACCUUACUUGAGUACGCAGGGAAGGGGGGUGGAAAGUGGAUAAAUGUAAAAUCAAUAAAGUUGAAGCUGACGUUUUUUGCCAGUAACAGUUCUGUUUCCACUGACAGUAAACGCUGAUAGAACAUUGUACUUUUAUUUAUUUAUUUAUUUAUUUAACAUGAGAUGUGCUUAGCUUGAUUGAGCAGGUUUCCCACCCCCCACCCCCAGGGAAUGGGAAAAAAUUCUGGAAAAACAUUUUAGAAAGUUCCUUUCUUCCAGAAUGCUAAAAUGGAAGUUGUAUAAAAUGCAAUUGACGUGAACUGUCUGACCAGGAAGUGCUCUUUUAAAGGCUCACUUAGAAAAGUAAGUGUCUGUAAUAACUUCCUGUCUCGGGAUGAAGGUGCUGGUAGCCUGAGAGUGAUCUUAGAACUCAAGUGGAGGGCAGUUUUAUUUUUCCUGUAAGAGGCUGGAUUUUUUUGUUUGUUUGUUUGUAUUAUAACCAUUAUUUUUAAAGAAAACCAUAUCUGGAACAAUCUUACCGAUCACUAUAGCUAAAUGAAGAAUAUUUAAAGACCUUACUUUAGUAUGUGGGAUUGAAAAUACCAGUACGGACAUGUAUCUAAGAAGAUUUAAUGUGCACCAUAUACACAAAAGCCUGAAGUUAUAAAGGCGAAAAGAAGAUUGCUGCUAAAAAUGAACCUUAGCAACACAGUGUACUUUGUGCCUCACAGAAAAAGGUACUGAAGCUCCACCAAAGCUUCUGUCGAUGAGAGGGAAAGCCUUCCAGAAGCAGGGUGCUUGCAGCGUUGGUCACCAUGCCUAAAGCGGCCCCCAAGGACCCAGAGAUUGCGGACCUGUUCUACAAGGAUGAUCCCGAAGAACUCUUUAUCGGUUUGCAUGAAAUUGGACAUGGAAGUUUUGGAGCAGUUUAUUUUGCCACAAAUGCUCACACUAAUGAGGUGGUGGCAGUCAAGAAAAUGUCCUACAGCGGGAAGCAGACACAUGAGAAAUGGCAAGACAUUCUUAAGGAGGUUAAGUUUUUACGACAGCUGAAGCAUCCUAACACCAUUGAGUACAAAGGUUGUUACUUGAAAGAACAUACUGCCUGGUUGGUGAUGGAGUACUGCUUAGGCUCAGCCUCUGAUUUGCUAGAAGUUCAUAAGAAACCACUCCAGGAAGUGGAGAUUGCUGCCAUCACCCACGGGGCCUUGCAGGGGCUGGCCUACCUGCAUUCUCACGCGCUGAUUCACAGGGAUAUUAAAGCAGGAAAUAUUCUCCUGACAGAGCCAGGUCAGGUGAAACUAGCUGAUUUUGGAUCUGCCUCAAUGGCUUCUCCUGCCAAUUCCUUCGUGGGCACCCCUUACUGGAUGGCUCCAGAGGUGAUCUUGGCUAUGGAUGAAGGACAGUAUGAUGGAAAAGUUGAUAUUUGGUCACUUGGGAUCACCUGUAUUGAAUUGGCUGAACGGAAGCCCCCACUUUUCAACAUGAACGCAAUGAGUGCCUUAUAUCACAUCGCCCAGAACGACUCCCCAACGCUACAGUCUAGUGAAUGGACAGACUUCUUUAGGAGAUUCGUCGAUUACUGCCUGCAAAAAAUACCUCAGGAAAGGCCAACAUCAGCGGAACUGUUACAGCAUGACUUUAUUCGAAGAGAGCGGCCCCCACGAGUCCUCAUUGACCUCAUUCAGAGGACGAAAGAUGCUGUGCGUGAGCUCGAUAACCUACAGUACCGGAAAAUGAAGAAAAUCCUCUUCCAAGAAACACGGAAUGGACCCCUGAAUGAGUCACAGGAGGACGAAGAAGACAAUGAACAUGGAACCAGCCUGAGCAGAAAAAUGGACAGCCUGGGCAGCAACCAUUCCAUCCCCAGCAUGUCCGUGAGCACAGGCAGCCAGAGCAGCAGUGUCAACAGCAUGCAGGAGGUCAUGGACGAAAGCAGCUCUGAGCUCGUCAUGAUGCAUGAUGACGAAAACACGCUCAGUCCCAGCUCCUCUGUCGUGCACAAGAAGGAUCAUGUAUUCAUAAGGGAUGAGGCGGGCCACGGCGAUCCCAGGCCUGAGCCGCGGCCUACCCAGUCAGUUCAGAGCCAGGCCCUCCACUACCGGAACAGAGAGCGCUUUGCCACGAUCAAAUCAGCAUCUUUGGUUACACGGCAGAUCCAUGAGCAUGAGCAGGAGAACGAGCUGCGGGAACAGAUGUCAGGUUAUAAGCGGAUGCGGCGCCAGCACCAGAAGCAGCUGAUCGCCCUGGAGAACAAGCUGAAGGCUGAGAUGGACGAGCACCGCCUCAAGCUGCAGAAAGAGGUGGAGACACAUGCCAACAACUCAUCCAUCGAGCUGGAGAAGCUGGCCAAGAAGCAAGUAGCUAUCAUAGAAAAGGAGGCAAAGGUAGCUGCAGCAGAUGAAAAGAAAUUCCAGCAACAGAUCUUGGCCCAGCAGAAGAAAGAUUUGACAACUUUCUUAGAAAGUCAGAAGAAGCAGUAUAAGAUUUGUAAGGAAAAAAUAAAAGAGGAAAUGAAUGAAGACCAUAGCACACCCAAGAAAGAAAAGCAAGAAAGGAUAUCCAAGCAUAAAGAAAACUUGCAGCACACACAAGCUGAAGAGGAAGCCCACCUUCUCACUCAACAGAGACUGUACUACGACAAAAACUGUCGUUUCUUCAAGCGGAAAAUCAUGGUCAAGCGGCACGAAGUGGAGCAGCAGAACAUUCGGGAGGAACUCAACAAGAAGAGGACCCAGAAGGAGAUGGAGCACGCCAUGCUGAUCCGGCACGACGAGUCCACCCGAGAACUGGAGUACAGGCAGCUGCACACAUUACAGAAGCUACGCAUGGAUCUGAUCCGUUUACAGCACCAGACUGAGCUGGAAAACCAGCUGGAGUACAAUAAGAGGCGAGAAAGGGAACUGCACAGAAAGCAUGUCAUGGAACUUCGGCAACAGCCGAAAAACUUAAAGGCCAUGGAAAUGCAAAUUAAAAAACAGUUUCAGGACACUUGCAAAGUACAGACCAAACAGUAUAAAGCACUCAAGAAUCACCAGUUGGAAGUUACUCCAAAGAAUGAGCACAAAACAAUCUUAAAGACAUUGAAAGAUGAGCAGACAAGAAAACUUGCCAUUUUGGCAGAGCAGUAUGAACAGAGUAUAAAUGAAAUGAUGGCCUCUCAAGCGUUACGGCUUGACGAGGCCCAAGAAGCAGAAUGCCAGGCCUUGAGGCUACAGCUCCAGCAGGAAAUGGAGCUGCUCAACGCCUACCAGAGCAAAAUCAAGAUGCAAACAGAGGCACAACAUGAACGGGAGCUCCAGAAGCUAGAGCAGAGGGUGUCUCUGCGCAGAGCACAUCUUGAACAGAAGAUUGAAGAGGAGCUGGCUGCCCUUCAGAAGGAACGCAGCGAGAGGAUAAAGUACCUACUGGAAAGGCAAGAGCGAGAGAUUGAAACUUUUGACAUGGAAAGCCUCAGAAUGGGAUUUGGGAAUUUGGUUACGUUAGAUUUUCCUAAGGAGGACUAUAGAUGAGAUUAAAUUUUUUUUUUUUUGCCAUUUACAAAAAAAAAAAAAAGAAAAAAGAAAAAAAAAGAAAGCUGAAAAAAAUUCAGACCCUGCAAAACCACAUUCCCCAUUUGAACGGGCGUUGCUCUCAACUCCUCUCUCUCUCUCUCUCUUACUGACAUCGUGUCGGACUAGUGCCUGUUUAUUCUUACUCCAUCAGGGGCCCCCUUCCUCCCCCGUGUCCACUUUCAGUGCUGGCCAAAACCCGGCCAUCUCUUCUACUCAUAGUACACGUCACAGUAUGGAUGUGGUUCAAAAAUGUUUCAGUGAAAA